UCCGAUCAUCGGCAUGUGGCUGAAGCGGUAGCGGCAGGAUGGCCGCCGCAGCGUUGGGUCUGGGGCUGCUGAUACUGGCCGCGCCCAUAUCAACACAUGCUCAAGCUAUUCAAGACAGCCGAUGCUACUUAAUGAAUGGUGGCGCGGUGGAAAGCUUUUUUAUCAGCGAAGAUACCCCGGUUGGAAGCGUUAUAGGCACUCUCAGUGUCAAUGGCGAUCCAAGUGAAGAUGAUGGCAAUAUAUCCCUCAAAUUGCAAGAAAAAGAUGCAGCAUUGGGCAUUGCUCCGGGCACCAAAAACUUGACCCUAUUACGUUUUCUUGACAGGGAAGAGAGACUAGGCCCUUCAAAUAUUUAUGUUAACGUGAGAUGUGAUCGACGAAGAACCACCGAUCCUAGUUUUAUAAUUCCUGUAUCUGUGAGGGUGUGGGAUGUGAAUGACAAUGCUCCAGUAUGGGUUGGAUCUCCAUACCGUGUGCGGUUGUCAGAGUUGACCGCGGUGGGGUCGCGCGUCCUGCCUGCCCUGCGAGCCACUGAUGCGGACCAGCCCGGGCCCCAUGCUACCAUUCAUUAUUCAGUUAUGCCAGGACCUAAUUCGGAAUAUUUUGGGUUUGCAAAUGAACUUGACAGUGUAUUGAUAGUCAAGCAAGCAUUAGACUACGAGACCCUGAGCAACUUCACAGUGACCCUCAGGGCCCAGGAUCAAGGCCGGCCACCCUUGCACAAUGACACUACUCUCUUUGUAGAGGUGCUUGAUGCAGAUGAUCAGAAUCCAAAGUUUACUCAUGACCAUUAUACUGCACUCCUCCCUGAUGAUGCUGUUGAGGGUACGAUCCUCAACACCGCGCCGGGGCCGAUCGCAGCCGUGGACCAGGACGUCGGCAUAAACGCCCCGCUUUACUACACGGUGACGGGCGACAAGCGGGAGAUGGUCCUCGUCGACAGGGAGACGGGCCGGGUCGCGGCCACGAGGCAGCUGCUUGAGACUACCGCUCCCGUCACAGUCGUUAUAAGAGCUACCCAAGUGGACAACGCGGACCGGUACGCGCUGGCGACGCUGGCCGUGAGCCGGCGCUCGGGCGCGCUCAGCCGCCGGCCGGUGCGGUUCACGCGGCGCGCCUUCACCGCGCGCGUGCCCGAGCACGCGCCGCUCGGCACGCCGCUGCUCACGCUGCACACCGAGCCGCCCGCCGACCGACAGUCGCCGCCUUUCCAAUUCUACGUGUCGGACCGGGGCUUCCUGGACAAGUUCGCUAUAAACAGCGCGGGCGAGGUGCUGCUGCGGCGGGCUUUAGACUACGAGACCACGCCCGAGUACUAUUACCAAGUCAUGGUCACCGAUGGUAUAUAUAACGACACGGCGUCGAUAAACAUAACGGUGCUGAACGUGAACGAGUGGGAGCCGCGGUUCAAGUACCCGCAGUACGAGUUCCGCGUGGAGGCGGCGGAGGGCGCGGGCGGGCUGCUGGCGGUGGGCCGGCUCGACGUGUUCGACGGCGACGCCGGCGACAACGUCACGCUCACGCUGCGCGGCUCCGACGCCAGCAUGUUCUACAUAAACGACGCGGGCGAGAUGUUCAUGCGGCAGAACGCGCUGUCGACGCUCAACUCCAGCGUGCUGCACGUGGUGGCCACCGCCAUCGACUCGGGCUCCCCGCCGAGACAGACGUCAGUGCCCGUGAUCGUGCACGUGGGCGCGCGGCUGCUGUCGCGCGAGCGCGGCGGCGGCGUGCUCAUGUUCGCCGGCGCGCUCGCGCUCGGAGCCCUAGUGCUGCUGGCGCUGCUCGCGGUGGCGCUCGCAUACAUCUACCGCAAUCGGCGUUCGAAGUCGUCCCCUAGUGCCGCCCCUAGCAAGAGCAACUUCGUGGUGCCGGAGAAGGCGCCGCCGGCGGGUGGCGCGCUGGGCGCCGCCAGCUCCGGCUCGCUGCUCAGCGUCAGCGCCGGCGCCAGCACCAUCCUCGCCAACUCCACCAGCAGCCUCGACCUGCGCGACCCCGCCGCCACGCACUCCAGAAAUGCCACCGUGACGCGGCACUCGGCCCGGGUCCCGAAGGCCAAGGUGGCGCCGGCGCCGCCGGAGGCGCCGAGCGUGGCGCUCAUGUCGGACCACCUGCAGCGCGCCGGCGGCCGCUCCGGCGUGGCCUGGCCCAGCGCGACCAUACCUGCGCGCGUCAAGAAACUCAGCUGGGACGACGGCGACCAGGGAAGCGGUGAAGCAGAGGUCAACGAAGCAACCAACCCGGCCGUAGCUGAGCACAUGAACCUUACCGUCUACUUUUAAGUCUUUUGACCCAGACGCGGCUUCGGAGAUCCGCCACUGCUUCGAUAUAUCCAUCUUAUUGUUUAGUAUCAAACAAAUAGUUAGCUUCAAACAUAUUUCAAUCUGGCAGAAUGCAAUCAAACUUGUUUUACAAAAUAGUAGGUGACAUUUUUAAGUGAUACAAGAUAUGACGCGAUUGAACUCGUUUUUAUGAUCAAAUUUUACAUAGCAGCAACUCUGAAAUCCCAUAAAUAUCCUGGUUUCCAUACAUCGUCUAUCGUCUCGAAUUAGUAUGGGACACCUAUUUUUUUUUGUAUUUUCAGUGUUGUUCUCAUAACAAAGGUUCUUGUAUCACAUAAAGUUAAUUUAACAUGUGGAUAAAUGUCUUCCAAAUCAUAUAAUACAAAUACAACGUUUGCAAUCUGUAUGCUGUUGGGUCAUAGAUUUUAGUAGAAAUGAAAAAUGUAGAAUUUUUCACAUUGGUGAGAUGGUCCAAUUUAUCAUGUAUCACAAGUUUUAUACGUAAUGCUGAUAUAAUGAAAUUAAUGAUCAUCAUUAAUCAUCAUUUAGUAAGUCCUAAAAUAAAUUGUGAGGGUAAUAAAUGUAAAGAAAUUAAAUAUUUAAGCUGUUUCCUGUAAACAUUGUGUCUAUGACACGGUUGGGUACUUACACAUUAUCAAGUUAAGUAUCAUUACAUUAUUUUAAAUGCUGUGAUAUAUUUCAUGGACUUAGGGAGAUCCUCAUUUAUGUAUACUUUUUCAUAAUUGAGGUGACACAUGAACAUUUAAAAAUAUCAAGAAAAUACAGAUGUAAUGCAUAAUUGUUUUCCACCGUAUUUUCUCGGCUACGAACGUUCGUCUUACUAUUCGUCAUGCUACUUUAGUCAAACUCAGUACUUUUUGUACCGAGACUGACUGAAAUAGCAAGACACUUUCGUAACGUUUCCGAUGGAAAACAAUUAUGCACUACUAAAAACUUUUUCUAUGCAACUAAGACGGAAUUACAUAUGAAUGCGCCGUAGAGAGCACAUAUUGACUUAUUUAAAAUUUAAUUGAUAUCUAUGUUUAUGCAUCAAAUCGUUCUGAUGUAGCACUAAGUAGCGAAAUACACUCGUCAGGCAGGUACCCUAUAACUAAGUAUUCUUUUAAUAUUUAAAGAAGAGACCUUUAACCAAAUGUUUUUGUAAGAUAUUAUUGUAUAUGUAUUUAAAUUAUUUUAAGUUUUUUUAAGACAAAACGGUAAAUUUAUAUUGUUGUCAUAGUAUUAUAUUGUAUCAUUGAGAUUUUUGUUGUUACAAAUAUAGUAAGUCAACGCGUUACUUUGUUUGUAAGGUUUGCUCUAACUAGGUGAAGACAACAUGCCCGCAUAAACUUUCUGUAAAAUUUUCCUAUAGAGUAGAUCAGUAGACUAUAUAGAGGAUGUUCUUCUUCGAUCCCUCUUUAGAUUACUGAUAUUUAGAAAUGAAUGGAUUAUAAGUUCCAAUAGAUCCAAAACACGUACAGUCAGCAUCAAAAUGGCCUAAUACAUAUAUCGUAAAACUUCUAUGAAAUUAUGACGUUUAAAUAACGCUUGCGCACUCUGUGCUAUCGAAAUCGCUGCCAACUUAGCUUGGUCUAUUUCUCCGAGGCAAGGUAUGAAUGAUCCGUAAGGAAAAUAAAUAGAAACUAAAAUCAAUCAAUCCAAUUUAUUAUAAAAAGAUUUGCCUUUUCUCAAUUGCUGACAUAGAAAAGUUUAUAUUAUUGUCAUCAAAAAGUACAAUGGUCCUUUAAAUCCAAGGUGUAGAUUUAUUAAUUGUUAUUUAGUACCUACCUAUGCAUUAAAGAUGAUGAUGCAUACUUAUUAAUUAUACAUAGGGACUAUGUAUUGCUAAAAUAUAUUGUUAUAAGACUUAUAAGUGUAUAGAACAUGUAGUACAUAACAUU